AUGCACUACCCGAAAACGGAGGAGCUGAUGUUUGGCAUAUGGCUGGAGGAAGAAUUUAUGACACCUGAUGUUGUCUUCAAUAUGCUGCCAAUCUCAGCGAAGACAAGUCUGGCGGGUGGACUUGGAAACUUUCUGCAGUGGAACCACAUCGUUUGUGACCUCGCGCAGUGGCUCAGGUAUGUAAAGGCGUUCAACGACCGAAGACGUUAUGAGGUGGCCAAGACAUAUACGGUUUUUUUUUCUAUAUAUACUGACUACGAUCCCCAAGACCUCGUCAUCGAUCAGUUGAUGCUACACAGCGAAAAAUCGGAUCAGAUGAAUUUUCUCGAAUAUCUUCGACUCGUCGAAGGAAUGGAUUCUUUCGUUUCGAGCUUGCAGAAAAGGUUGCUGGUUUUUCACACAUUGAAGUACAAGAAUGCGCUUCGACAAGAGGGAAAGUCGGGUUUGGAUCCUGAGGUCGUGUAA